AUGGAAACGGAAGUUUACAAUGAAAUUCUCCAAGCGAUGGAAAGCGUUGGACGCGGUGUUGGUGGUAAUAUCAAUAAUAAUAUUGAGCAAGUUGAGGUCAACAAUAACCGCGUCAUAUGGAAAGAUAUUGAAAGUGCUUUCGCCAACCGAAUACGCACAGGUAUGGUUGUUAAUUUGCUUCAUCAUGAUUUGCGUGCAUUCCUGCAAGACGCACGUGAUCUGAUUGUUGAUAAAUUAGAAACUACACUACAAUCAGAUGGUAACAUCAAAGCGAAUGUCAUCCUAACCUGCAAAUUUAUUAAAUCAACUGCCAAUCAAGAAACAAUUGAAACAAAAACAUUCAAUACGAAAAAUGAAGCUAUCCUAGCAUCUACAGACAUCAGUGUGUGGUUUAAUGAAUUUGUGAGCGAUCGCCUGCAUGCCAAGGUUGAAGAUUUUGAACAUCGAGAUUCAGGAUGGUCACUCCUUGAAAUCGGCAACCUUGCUUUGAACAUCAAUAAAUAUGUUCCACUCCACGGUGGAAAUGGAUCAACCUACACUGAUUUACCGGAAGACAUUAAAAAGAAGAAAGCGGUAAUCAAUAUCUUGAAUGAAGACUACUACUGUUUCCUGUGGUCCGUAAUUGCUGCUUUUCAUCCUGCUCAAGAUGGUCGGAAUGUGAGUAGAGUAAGAUCAUAUCGACAUUAUAGUAGAGUACUAAAUUACGAUGGUAUUAAAUUUCCAAUGCAACUCAAAGAUAUACCUAAAUUCGAAAAACUUAAUAAUCUAUCGAUAAAUGUAUACGGUAUUGAGUCGGAACAUGUAGAAUCUGACGAUGAAUUGUGUGAACAAAGGCCUAGUGUGAUAGUACCACUUUAUUUUAGCAAGGAAAAUCUAGGUGAUUCCACAAUUCACCUUCUUAUGUUAGAAGUUCAGUCAGCAGACGCAGACAUAGAUGAUAAUAUCGAGAAUAGAAUAGCCAGCUUUGAACGUAAGUUUCAUUUUACGUUGAUUAAAGAUCUUUCACGGUUAGUGAGCAGUCAAAUUUCAAAACACAAAACACGAAAGUAUUUCUGUGAUCGAUGCUUAUGUCACUUCCACGAGGAAAUCACAUAUGAAAAACAUCGUCGGGAUCGUAUUCAAAUCAAUAAAGUUAGGAUCGAGCUGCCGGUUAAUGAUGAAUUGAAAUUUAAAAAUUUUAAAUAUCAGGAAGAUGUGCCAUUCGUUGUCUAUGCCGAUAUCGAAUGCAUGUUAAUACCAAAAGUCGACGAAUCUGAAGAACAUAUACUCCACAGUGUAGCUUUUUACGUACAUUGUGCUUACAAUGAUGCCUUGUCUAGAUAUGAAUGUAACCGUAGUGAUAAAUGUAUCGAUUGGUUUAUGUCCAGGUUAAAAUCAUUAGCUAUUUCAAUUCAUAAUUUAAUUAAAUCACCAGUAAAAAUGCAUCCACUUACAGAACAGGAAAAUUUCGAAUAUAAUACAUCAAAGAAAUGUCACAUUUGCAAUAAAUACCUUGCUGAAACUGACAAGUGCCGAGAUCACUGUCAUUUUACAGGCAAAUAUCGUGGACCGGCUCAUGUAAAAUGUAACAUUCUUUAUCAACAGUCUCAUAACAUUCCAAUUGUAUUCCACAAUCUUUCCGGGUAUGAUUCACAUUUUCUUAUCGAGUCAGUAGCUAAAUGUUUUCCCGGUUCAGUUCAAUUAUUGCCUAUUAAUAAAGAAAAAUAUAUCGCUUUUACUAAAAAAGUAGAUGAAACAAUCAUCAGUUUACGGUUUAUUGACUCAUUUAGAUUUAUGGCGAGUAGUAUUGAAAAGUUGGCAUCUUAUCUCAAUGAUGCUGACAAAGUUAUUACUCGCAACAGUAUUGCUGAUCCCCAACAAUUUGAAUUAGUCACACGGAAAGGAAUUUUUCCGUAUGAGUAUGUAGACAGUUGGGACAAAUUAAAUUCUACUAAAUUACCGGCAAAAAAACACUUUUUCUCUAAAUUAACUAAUUCCGAUGUUUCUGAUGAUGAUUACAAACACGCGGAAAGAGUGUGGAAUACAUUUGGAAUUCAGACGUUAGGUGAAUAUUCUGAUCUGUAUUUAAAAACAAACGCACUGCUUUUAGCUGACAUUUUUCAAAACUUCCGGAAAAGUUGUAAACAAACAUACAAUUUAGACCCCUUACACUACUACACUGCACCUGGACUUGCAUUUGAUGCAAUGUUAAAAUACACCGAUGUUUCUUUAGACUUAUUGUCAGAUCCUUCGAUGCUAUUAUUUUUCGAAAAAGGUAUUAGAGGUGGAGUGGCACAAUGUUCCAAUCGAUAUGCUCGUGCCAACAACCCAUUUAUGGGUAAUGAAUACAAUCCCGCGCGGGAAAAUUCUUACAUUAUGUACUUUGAUGUCAAUAAUUUAUAUGGGGCUGCAAUGAGUCAGUACCUACCAACUGGCUCAUUUAAAUGGGUUAAUGCAUCAUUAGAUUUUAUUCUUAAUAAUCCUGAUGAUAGUCCCAAGGGUUACAUCUUGGAAGUGGACCUGGAGUAUCCGAAAAACUUACACGAACAAUACGAAGACUUGCCCCUUUGUCCUGAACACUUUCUCCCACCAAAAAGCACAUGCACAAAACUAGCUACAACAUUGUAUGAUAAAGAAAAGUAUGUUAUUCAUUAUUGCAACUUAAAACAGUGCAUCGAAUUGGGUAUGAGUGUAAAACAAGUACACAGAGUCUUGGAAUUCGAUCAAUCUUCAUGGUUGAAGUCAUAUAUAGAUUUGAAUACAGAGUGUCGUAAAAAAUCUGCAGAUGAAUUUACGAAAAACUUCUACAAACUAAUGAACAAUGCUGUAUUUGGCAAGACCAUGGAGAAUGUUCGAAACCAUACGGAUGUCAGAUUGGUGAGAAAGUGGGAGGGUCAAUGGGGCGCAAGAUCUUUAAUUGCAAAACCAAACUUUCACAGCUGUACUGUCUUUGGUGAAGACAUGGUGCUUAUUGAAAUGAGUCGUGUCAAGAUUCUGUUUAAUAAGCCCAUAUACGUGGGUUAUUCCAUUCUCGAUUUAUCUAAAAUUAUUGUAUAUAACUUUCAUUACAAUUACAUUAAAACCAAUUUUACUCUGGAUUAA